UGGGCGCUCCUCACAGAGCAUUGUCCCGGAUCAGCUGUGCAUGGCCCCGAAACCCCACCCAAUGAGGAAGGACAAGGCGCAGGGAGAAAGACAGGCGGAGAGAAUACGGGCUUGGAUUCGUAUUAAACGAGAGAGGUGUUUGUACGUCGUCGAUUAAAAACAACGCACGGAAGUAACCGUUUCAAGACCGAUAUUGGAGUUUCUCCAACUGCGUGCGAUACGAGUGAGGAGGCUGCAUAUAUAGUCAGCUGAUAUCUGUUAUUCGUAACAAGCCACUUUUCAAAGAUGAUCGCCUUGUUUAACAAGCUCCUGGACUGGUUUAAAGCGCUCUUCUGGAAAGAAGAAAUGGAACUGACUCUUGUUGGGCUCCAGUAUUCAGGGAAGACCACCUUCGUCAACGUGAUUGCGUCUGGCCAGUUCAGUGAAGACAUGAUCCCCACGGUGGGCUUCAACAUGAGGAAGAUCACCAAGGGAAACGUCACCAUCAAGCUGUGGGACAUUGGCGGUCAGCCUCGAUUUCGGAGCAUGUGGGAGCGGUACUGCCGCGGGGUCAGCGCCAUCGUGUACAUGGUGGAUGCUGCGGACCCAGAGAAGAUCGAGGCUUCUAAGAACGAACUGCACAACCUGCUAGACAAGCCUCAGCUGCAGGGCAUUCCUGUCCUUGUUCUGGGCAACAAGAGGGAUCUUCCAGGCUCCUUGGAUGAGAAAGAGCUGAUAGAGAGAAUGAACUUAUCGGCGAUUCAGGACCGGGAGAUCUGCUGCUACUCCAUCUCCUGCAAGGAAAAGGAUAACAUCGAUAUCACACUACAGUGGUUGAUCCAGCACUCCAGAACAAGGCGGACCUCUUGAAAACCAGACCCCGAUGACAUCGCCUCGAUGACAUCAUCCUGACGACAUCACCCCGACGACAUCACCCUGAGACUGACCGCUGUCCCUCGUUCAUCCCUCCCCCCCCCCCCCCUUUACACCCUUCCAUUCUCUUCUCAUUAAGAUGGUGUAAAGACCGUUAUUUGCAAUAUUUCAGUACUUCUUAUUUUAUACUUUACAUUUUUUUUAAUUUGUGACUUAUUUGAACUGGAUAACCUGAUUUUUUGCCAGUCCCUGGUGCAAUGACCUUGUUUUCAUGUGAUUUUGGUACUAAAGUCCCCCCCCAUAGUAAGCCUGUGUAAGGGAGCCUAGCCUGUUCUGCUGCUCCCAUAGGAACAGUGAAGCAGUGUAUUGCCCUGCAGUCCGGCCGUCUCUACCUGUAACGUCAGUUAGGAUGGAGGAAUUACGAGCAUGAACGUCUUUCGCAGACACACACUGCGUGCACCAUCUCAUAAAGCAUUUAGUUAUUUAUUACUCCAGCCUGGCUGUGGUUUAUCUCUUAAUAAUUUAAUGUGUUGUAUUUCAGUGAUUUUUAUUUUAAUUAUUUUGGUCAUCCAUGAUAAGAACACAUGGCUAUCCAUUUUUUUAGGCCAUUUGACAGUUGCUUUUUACUCCGGUGGUUAUCUGUAAAUCAUAAUCAGCCAUUGCAUGGUGGGAAAGAUGGCAACAUUUGGACCACAGCUCAACGAGGCACAUCUGUUUGUGACAUCAUUUAAGGCAACCAAUCGCAACAUGAUCAGGGAUAUUGAAACGGGGAUGGGAUGGGAUGGCAUGCCAUCAUUUUUGUUUUUGAAACCAGAGAGGAGCGAUCAUCGUACAUUGGUAACAAAUAGAUGAUAACUGGUGGAUACCUUCUGGCUGUACUGCCUAGGUGCCGUAAUGGAUCACGGAAUUAUAGGCAGGAAGUAUCCACCAAUCAGUAUAGACAUUGUAAUAUUUCUCAUUAGCAACACACUUUGUGAUUGGUGGAGCACCUCUCUGGUUUUCAUGCUAAUUGUGACAUCAUUCCCAUCCCUGUUUUACUGUCCUUGAACCCUAUCAGGAAGAUUUAUAAUGAGGGGUUGUGCCAUGUGGAUCAAACACAGGGCCAUCAGACCAGUUUGCGCUGAACACAAUUCUGCUCACUCUUAAGGCUUCACCUAAUUUAAAACUGCUGAAAAAAACCAGACCGUGCUGCUAACCUGCAGAAUUGCUAAAUUUCCUGGUUUAGACCGAACUUUCACAUGAAAGUUUUACAUGCAUUUUCUGAAGUGGAGUAGAUUGUUUACAGAGCGCUUUGAAAAUGGGUUUGGUGGAAGGCCAUGGAAACUUCCCUAUUUGAAACACAAGUGCAAUAGUAAAAUACAUUUCAGGCAGUGCAUGAUGGUCACACUGUGCUGUAAAUUGGCUAUAUGGUAAGACAGGUAUGCAGGAAGGGUGUAAUAUUUUGGAUACCUUUAAAAUAUAUCCCUUUAUGUUCACCACCCUGAUAAAUAUAUGAUAUGAUAUAAUAUUAAAGACAGCGGGGCUACACUUAAUUUACUUUAAUAUUCUGGUUAAUUAUAGCUAUAUUUACAAUUUUGUUUGUAAAAACAAUAGCAAAUUUGUAGAAAUGUAUCAUGUAUUAAACCGUUUCAGUUAAAAACUUGUAUACUUGCCAACUAUUUUAAAACUGUAAACAGCAGUUUCAUUCUUGUGAUACAAAACAAACUCAUAAACAGACAAUAAUUGUUUUCAUAGUAUAUAAGCGUUACUGCAGAAACAGUUUUGUUUUUGCUUUGUAUUUUAGACAAUGGUCAAUAAUCAUCUUUGCCAUUUUGAAUGUUGUCAGAAGUUUCUUGUUUGUAUCUUUUGACAUAGUUCACCUUUAAGUUUCCAUUCUGUGGAAAUGGAUUAGUGGUGGAAAGAGUGCAGAUAGAACUGUUGCAUCUGUGUUCCUGUCUAAAAGGUAAAAUAUCUGUGGCCCAUAGAGCUUUCUUGUUGUCAAAAUAGAUAAGGCAAGUAUAACUAAGUGUAACUUGUCUCUAAAAACAAUCAAUCAUGCAGCAAAACGUUAACAGCAACGUUGAUUUUGUCACACACAGUAUGUUCAUUGUUUGUAUAUAUCAUUGAUUUUUAACAUGAAGGAUGAAGAAAUAUUGUGCAUUAUUCUGUUUAUACGUUUCUUCUUCUACUGCUUACAACAUGAAGGUUUUGACCUUCUGGACAGGUAGAUAUAGGUGUAUUUUGGUCAGGUGGUCAGUGUUCCAUAAGUUUGCUCCUGUGGGUCGACCCAAGGCCAGCUCAUGGACUCUGAGAUUUUGUAUAUAACCGUGAUAAUAAAUGAACAGCAAGUGUAUCUAAAUUGAGAUGAAUGUGGCAUAUUUUACGUCUUAAACGGACAGCAUCCCCUCAUAAAUCAUAAGGUAACCUGAAUACUCUUCUUUGUCAUCAGUACCACACCUGAAUGCAUUUCCACUCAUCUUGCUUGUCUUCAUCUUUGGGAUAAGAGCUCAUUUUUCGUGAACUAUGUUCAUUCACCUCUGAUUAGGGUUAUUGUAAGAUUUAUCUGUGUGUUGUUUGUUGUCAACACUCAGAGUAGUUGGAACUGGAAAGGACACCCUCUGAAACAUUUAUGUUGCCUUUUAAUUCCAAAUGUAUUAUCAUUUCUUCAUUUUAAGCAUCUAACAUGUUCCAGAGUGCAAACAAACUUUAUUUUAAUGGGUAAUGAAGAACAGUGUAUUACUAUCAUUAAAGUAAAUUUGUGUACAUUGUAAUUUUGUAUGUUUUAAAUACCUUCAUAACUGUGUUUUUGAUGGGACUUUCCUGUAUAUAGCAACUAAAACCAAAUAGUGAAAGUUA